AUGACUAAGCAGCAACUCAACCAGGGCUGUCUUGCGCUCAUUGGCUUCCCUCCGUCUGGAAGAAGCCCUCGUCUCCCCGCCCCCGCCCCCGCCCUCGCCCUCGUCCUCGUCCUCGUAUAUAGUCGCGGCUGCCCGCCCUGCCCCGCAUCGCAGCAGUCCAUGCUUUCCCUCAGUUCCAGGAACGCUCGGUCGAUCCUGAACAUCGCAAAGAGAAAACAACUUUGUACCUCCGUUGCUUCCGAACAGACUCUUCCUCCACGACUUCCCCAUUUCGAGUGUCGAGCGCGGCUUUUGUCAACCACAACAACAACACCUACAACAACCUCAUCAAGUACGUCUGCAACUCUUGCAACUCCUCUUACAGCGUUCCCCGUCCCUCUUCGAUCUCGAUUCACCCCUCGUACUACCCUUGCAAUUCAGGCUAAGAGGUACUGCUCUUCUAGAAGGAUGUGUCUCGCAAGACAAGGCGACGAUGUUGCUGGUGGAGCCACGGCGAUGGCUGCCCGGGAGAUCCUCCCAACUAAUGUCAAGCCAUUGCAUUAUGACUUGACCUUGGAGCCGGAUUUCAGCAACUUUACUUACAGAGGUACCGUUAUCAUAGAUCUUGAUGUUGUCGAAAACACCAAUUCGAUUUCCCUCAAUUCCACGGAUAUCGAAAUCCAAACUUGCACUGUUUCCGCUAAUGGAGUCUUGACGGCUUCCAACCCUGCGAUCUCCUUGAACGUGAAAAAACAAACUGCCAUUAUUAGCUUUGAGAAGACAAUUGAGGCAGGAGGAAUAGCUCAACUGAAUAUUACCUUUCAGGGCAAACUGAAUGAUAACAUGGCUGGGUUUUAUAGAUGCUCCUACAAGGGUGCGAAUGGCGAGAACAAAUAUAUGGCCUCCAGUCAGAUGGAGCCUACGGAUGCUCGAAGGGCGUUCCCUUGCUUCGAUGAACCUUCGCUGAAGGCGCAGUUCACUGUCACCCUGAUAGCGGAUAAGAAUUUAACAUGUUUGAGCAACAUGGAUGUUGCAUCGGAGACGGAAGUACUUUCGCAGAUCACAGGGGGCAUGAGAAAAGCAGUCAAAUUCACCAAGUCACCGCUGAUGUCAACAUAUCUUGUUGCCUUCAUCGUUGGUGAACUUAACUAUAUUGAAACCAAGAAUUUCAGAGUUCCCAUCCGCGUCUAUGCCCCUCCCGACCAGAAUAUUGAACACGGAAGGUUCUCCCUUGAUCUUGCGGCAAAGACCCUCGAGUUUUAUGAAAAGACGUUUGGUAGCGAGUUCCCUCUCCCCAAGAUGGACAUGGUUGCUGUGCCAGACUUUUCUGCUGGCGCGAUGGAAAACUGGGGCUUGAUCACGUACCGUAUCGUGGAUGUUCUGUACGACGAGAGUUCUGCGGGCGCCGCUGCCAAGCAACGUAUUGCCGAGACAGUGCAACAUGAAUUGGCACACCAAUGGUUUGGGAACCUCGUCACUAUGGAUUUCUGGGAUGGCCUCUGGCUUAAUGAGGGCUUUGCCACAUGGAUGUCCUGGUACUCAUGCAAUGUCUUCUAUCCUGAGUGGAAGGUCUGGGAAUCUUAUGUCAUCGACAACCUUCAAAUGGCUUUGUCUCUUGAUUCGCUGCGGAGCAGCCAUCCUGUGGAGGUUCCCGUCUAUCGUGCUGAUGAGAUUAGCCAGAUUUUCGAUGCUAUCUCUUAUUCGAAGGGAUCGUCUGUGCUCAGAAUGAUUUCCAAAUAUAUGGGAGAAGAAAAUUUCAUCCAGGGUGUCAGAGACUAUAUCCAGAAGCAUGCCUACAAAAACACCAAGACUGCUGACCUGUGGGAAGCACUAACCGGAGCAAGCAAUGGUAAACCUAUCCAGUCGGUAAUGGACAUCUGGACUAAAAAUGUCGGAUUUCCAGUCAUUACUGUUACGGAAGACGCCAGCAAGAGUUCGAUUUCCGUGAAACAGAAUCGAUUUCUGAGAACUGGAGACGUCAAACCAGAAGAGGACAAGACCAUAUUCCCCGUGAUGCUGGGUUUGAAGACUCGUGAGGGAAUUAACGAAGCCUUAAUGCUCACUAGCCGGGAAGCAGAGUUCAAGGUCCCAGAUCUUGAUUUCUUCAAGGUCAAUGCAGAUCACUCUGGUAUAUAUCGAACCUCUUACAGUCCAGAACGCCUUCGGAAACUGGGGAAGGCCGCCAAAGACGGACUUUUAACUGUGGAAGACAGGGCCGGAAUGAUCGCUGAUGCGGGGGCACUGGCUUCUUCUGGUUAUCAGAAAACAUCUGGCAUACUUUCUCUGUUAGUUGGAUUUGACACCGAGCCACAAUAUGUUGUAUGGAAUGAAAUCCUCACCCGUAUUGGUUCGAUCCGUGGCGCAUGGAUGUUUGAAGAUAGCAAGACCAAAGAUGCAUUAAAGGAGCUACAGCGCUCUCUGGUGACUGUAAAGGCUCAUUCGCUUGGGUGGUCGUUCUCCGCGAGUGAUGACCACGUGCUCCAGCAAUUCAAAGCACUGAUGUUUAGCGCUGCUGGAUCAUCUGGAGACCAGAAGGUUGUGGCGGCUGCGAAGGAUAUGUUUAGCCGGUUUGCAAGCGGUGAUCGGUCGGCCAUCCAUCCCAACAUUCGGGGAAGUGUUUUUGAUAUUGUUCUUCGAGAAGGUGGGGAAAAAGAAUACAACGCCGUGCUUGAAUGGUACCGCGUUGCAUCAACUUCAGCCGAAAAAAAUACAGCUCUCCGCACGUUGGGUAGUGCAGAAAACAGCGAAUUAAUCCAAAAGACGCUCUCCCUUUGCUUGUCGGACGAGGUGAGAGCUCAAGACAUCUAUAUGCCACUAUCUGGCCUACGCGGGCACACAAACGGUAUCACUGCCAGAUGGGCAUGGCUUAAGCAGAAUUGGGAAGCAGUUACCAAGCGACUGCCUCCCGAAUUUAGUAUGUUAGGCUCAGUGGUGCAAAUUUGCACAGGGAGCUUGUCGACAGAUGCGCAAAUCCAGGACGUCGUUUCUUUCUUUAAGGACAAGGAUCAGAAGGGAUUUGAUCGUUCCCUUCAACAAAGUCUUGACAGCCUCUAUGCUAAGGCUGGUUGGCUUAAACGCGAUCGCGCUGAUGUUGAGGACUGGCUCUCAAAAAACGGGUACAUGAACUCAAAGUAA